UCACGCCUGGGAGAGGCGCUCCGGACAGCAGAGCAGUACUCAGCCACGCCCGCGCCAGCCCGCCGUCACUAUGCUGGGGAGCAAGCCACUGGGGCUGUCCCGCCUGACCCUCGCCCUGUCCCUGCUCGUGUGUCUGGGCGCGCUGACCGAGGCUUACCCCUCCAAGCCCGAAAAACCCGGAGAGAGCGCGUCUGCGGAGGACCUGGCCAGAUACUACUCUGCGCUGCGACAUUACAUCAACCUCAUCACCAGGCAGAGAUAUGGAAAACGAUCCAGCCCUGAGACACUGAUUUCAGACCUCUUGAUGAGCGAAAGCACAGAAAAUGUUCCCAGAACUAGGCUGGAAGACCGUUCUGUGUGGUGAUGGGAGAUGAAACUUGCUCUCCGGUCUUUGCCCAUGUUUCAGCCCCUGUUUCAUUCUGUAAAACUAGAGUCUGCCUGUCCUCCCAGUGCAUGCGACCGCUGUGCUCAACUCUGCAGAGUUCUCCUUUGUCGUCAUUGUAUAUGUGUGCGUUUCAAUAAAGUAACAUGCAU